AAGAAGAACAACAAAAGGCCUUUUUCGCUCCUAUCCUUCCUCUUUCAUUCGAAGCUAUCUUCAAUUCACAGUUCGAAAACCCUAAAUAAUUUAUUUUUUUGCUGUCGUUUUUGCUUCCUCUGUGAUUGUUUUAGGCGUGGGCGAAUGUCUUUCUGAUUUCGGUUUCCGGUUGCUGAGUUUCGGUGUAAUAUUUGAGCUACAAAAGUAUUUUUUUUUAAUUUGGUAUUGGAAUUUUAUUUGGCGGUAUUUCGAUUGAUAUUUGGAUCCGGAAGCUGGACGAUUUCAAGUUCGCUUCGAAAAUUUCGUUUUCGAUAGAGGAGGUGUUUGAUUUUUUCUUUUCGGAAAAUCUGGAAUAGUGGCUAAAUUAUUGAAAUUUGGGAUUUGAAUUUGAUGGGGGAAGAAGAUACCGCGGGUGCGCCUCAGAAGAAGGCUCAAUCAGAUGGUGCGGCGUUGAGUAACUCAUCGUCAUCGGAUAUUCCGUCUAAGAAGCUCGCUCGGCAGCUCGAUUUCACCGGCUUUGGAGGGGCGUCGCAUCCUCAAUCUCAUACAAACUCGCAUUCACAGUCACCGGCUUCAUUAGUUGCUCAGAGUCUUCCGCAAGCUCAGCCGAAGCUACAGGCGCAGAUGGCGGCGGCGUCGAUCGCACCUCUGGCGCCUAAUUCGUCAGUAAGAGCUGUGAAACCAGAAUCACCAAUGUCAAGAGCAAGACCUGCUGCCGAAGCUAAAGAUAGUACUCCUAAGAAGCAAAAACAGUGUAACUGUAAACAUUCGCGAUGUCUAAAAUUGUAUUGUGAAUGCUUUGCUUCUGGAAUAUACUGUGAUGGUUGCAACUGCAUAAAUUGUUAUAACAAUGUUGAAAAUGAUGCUGCUCGAAGAGAAGCAGUUGAAGCCACAUUAGAGCGUAAUCCAAAUGCAUUUCGACCAAAAAUUGCAAGCAGUCCCCAUGGGAUGCGGGACAAUAGGGAGGAAGCGGGGGAGUUGCUGAUGUUGGGUAAGCACAACAAGGGAUGCCACUGCAAGAAAUCGGGUUGUCUAAAAAAAUAUUGUGAGUGUUUCCAGGCCAACAUUCUCUGCUCGGAAAAUUGUAAAUGCAUGGACUGCAAGAAUUUCGAGGGAAGUGAAGAGAGACAAGCUCUUUUCCAUGGAGACCAUGGUAACAACAUGGCAUUCAUUCAACAGGCAGCUAAUGCUGCCAUAACUGGGGCAAUUGGGUCCUCUGGCUAUGCUUCACCUCCAGUAUCCAAAAAAAGAAAAGGUCAAGAACUCUACUUUGGACCGACAGCCAAGGAUCUAUCCACUCAUAGACCAGUGCCAUUUCAACAGGCAAAUCAUAUCAGAACCUCUGCUCCUUCGCUAUCGUCUUUCCCUGUUCCUGGUGUUGGAACCCCAUCAUUGUUGGGUCCUUCAAAGUUUACAUAUAGGUCUUUAAUGGCAGACAUCAUUCAAUCGCAAGAUUUGAAGGAUCUUUGCUCUGUUUUGGUUGUGCUGUCAAGUGAAGCUGCCAAGACAUUUCAAGAUCAAAGAAAUGCUACAGAAAAGCAAGCUGACUGUCAGACGGAAGCUUCUGUUGCUUCAUCCACUCAAGAUAGGUUGCAGAAAAAAAAUGUAUCCGAUGAGAAAGCUGCAGCUGAUGAUCGUUCGAGUGCAAACCAGGCCGAUAAAACCACUCCUGAUGACUCCAAUUCAGAUGGUGGAGAUGUGUCGAAAGCUGCACCCAUGUCUCCUGGAACUUUAGCUUUGAUGUGUGACGAGCAAGAUACAAUAUUAAUGGCUGCUGCUUCCCCCAAUAGAUUAAUGGGUCCAGGCUGCAGCACUUCUUCACAACUGCCUCACAGACAAGACAUGUCAGAGGUCUAUGCAGAGCAGGAGAGGAUCAUCCUUACGAAGUUUCGGGAUUGUCUUAAUCGACUCAUCACUUUGGGAGAAAUAAAAGAGACACAGUGUUCAUCUUUAGCCAGAAAUGAAGUAGGUAAUCAAGAACAACAAUUCAACAAUGGCACUACGGCUUCUAGAACUGAGACUCAAACUCAUCUGGGCCAACUCAACAAUAAAGUUGCGAAAUCUUCGAUCCCACCGUCGGUGAAGACAUCCCAGGCAAUGGUAACUUCAGCAGUCAUGACCCUUAGUAACGAUCAGCGACAAAAAGUUUUGCCUCUGUCUUGAAACUGGUAACAUCAAUGAAAGCAAAGACUGACAAAGAGUUGGUAAACGAAAAUGUAGCCUUUAUGUUAUCCAUCAUGUAAUGUUUACUGACCCGACCUGCAUUCCGGGUUCUCAACACCGUGCCGAUGCUGACCCUUCAGAGUUGGAAGCUAUAUAUUUCGAUGAAACCGUUCCACGGAUUUCUACGUAAUUGAUGUAAGUUAAUUUUUGAUGUUUUCACUUCCAUUCUUGGUCACAGAAUGCUGUGAGAUGCAAAGCCCAGGUUGCCCACAUUGUCAUUUAGAUUUUAUA